GUGAGAGACGCAGCCUGGAGGAAGUGACUUCCCGGCACGCCGCCACUCUUGAGCCAGUCUUGCCGGCCCCGCUGGCCCCGGUGCCUUUCCCUGUUGAGUGCGCCGUAGCGCCCGGGCCAUGAGGCGCCUCCGCCCCUACUUGCCUCGGGCUGUGCUGCUGUCGGGCGGUCGGCCUCCUCCCUGGAGCGCCCCGCGGGCCUGGCUGGGCGCCGCGUGCCCGGAGAAGGCGGCUGCGCUCGCGCCGGCGCCGGUGGCGGAGGACUGGGGUCCGGAGCCGGGCUCGUGGCCCGAGCGGCUCGCGGACUUGGUGACGCCGCUGUGGCGCCUGGACUACGAGCAGCAGCUCCGGGUGAAGGCGGAGGCGCUGAGCGACCUCCUAGAGCGCCUCGAGGCUCGCCUGCGCUCUCUCGGGAGCUCGGACGCCGAGGCUGGGGCCCUGCGCUCGCGCCUGCAGCCCUUCCGGCCAUCCCCGGUCAUCGACGGCUACCGAAACAAGUGCAACUUCGCCAUCCGCCAGGGCCCCGACGGUCGGCCCCGGACCGUGGGCUACGUGCUGGGCUCUCGCCGGGAGCAGCAGCUGGUGUGCGUGCAGCCCGGGCACCUGAAGCACAUUCCCGAACGGCACCAGCGCGUGGCCCGCUGCUAUCAGGUCUUCCUGGAGCAGAGCCCGCUCGAGCCCUACCUGGAGCCGCACGGCUGCGGACACUGGCACGACCUCACGGUCCGCAGCACUGGCCGCGGCCACACCAUGGCCAUCAUUGCCUUCCACCCGCAGCAGCUGCCGCCCGACGAGCUCCGGCCUCACAAGCAGCAGCUGAAGGAGUUCUUCACCCAGGGCCCCGGUGCCGAUUGUGACUUGAGCUCCCUUUAUUUCCAGGAGAAUGUCCAGUGCGGCCAGCAGCAGCCCAACUACCAACUCCUGGCUGGGGAGCCGCACAUCUUCGAAGACCUUCCGGGCCUGAAAUUCCGCAUCUCUCCAGGUGCCUUUUUCCAGAUUAAUUCUGCUGCUGUUGAGGUUCUCUACGGGGUGGUGGGAGAGCUGAGCGGGGUGGACCCCAAUACUCUUCUCCUUGACCUUAGUCAAGGAACUGGGGCCACCAGCCUCUCCCUGGCUCAGCGCACAGCCCAGGUCCUGAGCACUGGGCUGGUGGGGCAGGCGGUGGAGGACGCCAGAUGGACUGCGGCUUUCAAUGGAAUCACCAAUUGGGAAUUCCAUGCCGACCAGGUGGAAAAUAUAGUGCCACAGCUUUUAAAGUCACAGGAGACUGGUCAGUCCCUAGUGGCCAUGGUGGACCCAUCCCGGACUGGACUGAACAACCAAGUGGUCCAGGCUAUUCGCAAUUGCAGAGCCAUCAGGACGCUGAUUUUUGUUUCCUGCUACCCCAGUGGGAAGGCCAAAAGAAACUUCCUUGAGUUGUGCUGCCCCCCAGACCCUGGCAAGGAUCUCUUGGGCGAGCCUUUUGUCUUGAGACAAGCUGUGCCUGUGGACAUGUUUCCACACACCGUACACUAUGAGUUGGUGCUUCUCUUCACCAGGUGACUGACUGAUCUCCUCAAGCCCCCUCGAUGUCAGGACUCAGCAGGCUCUCUCCUUCAAGGACUGAGUGUUAAGAUUGUGCCUGGUGUGGCAGGCCCUGGACUGACCAUGCUUGCAGAAGCUAAACAUGGAUCAGGUUCUGUUCUAACCACAGUUGAGACUGCUGUGGUGGGUUCUGGGAACCAGAGAGUGGUGGCAGCAAGAGUUUGGGGCUGUUGGGCAAACUGCUGUUAGAUUCCAAGUCAAGCUUUGCCAGAGAAGGAGACAGCUUAGCAGCUAUAGAGCUGUGGCUGCUGGCAGGACCAUGCCUGAGCCAAGGUGCUGGAGCUGCCUUCACUGAAGUUUUCAUUCCCUUACUCUUGGCUAUAGAAAAUAGCCUAAACUUCCUAUGUUGUUCUCUUGUUCAGUUGCUUCCAACUCUACCCUAUGGUUUGCCUUUUCCUUCUCCAGGUCAUUUUACAGUUGAGGAACUGAGGCAAACAGGGUGAAGUGACUUGCUCAGGAUCACACAGCUAGUGUUUGAGGCUGGAUUUGAACUCAGGAAGAGAAGUCUUCAGGACUUUAGGCCCAGCACCACCUAGCUACCUCUUACUAAGUAGCGCUGAGCUGAAGCCACGGACAUGUUCAAUAUCUGAACUUUUUUGAGAGGGGGAAAUGAAAUGAGGCAGUACUCACAAAGAACACUGGCCACGAUUAAGUUCUGUUACUUUAUUGUUUGUCCUAAAUAAAAAUUAUAUUGUUUCCAUAGCA